AUGGAAAACCAGAGAAACAUCUCAGAGUUCAUUCUUUUGGGACCUUCUUAUGAUCAGAACAUACAAACAUUUUGCUUUGUACUCUUCUCAUUCUGUUAUAUUUCCCUGUUGAUAGGAAACCUUCUGAUCCUUAUAUGCAUUCAAUGCAGUCCUCUUUUUAACCAACCGAUGUAUUAUUUCCUUACCCAUUUAUCUUCCAUUGACAUCUGCUAUACCUCUAGUGUUACACCCAAAUUAAUUGGUGACCUGCUAGUGGGGAGAAAAACCAUUUCUUAUGAUAAUUGCAUGUUACAGGUCUUUGCUAUGCACUUCUUUGGCAGUAUCGAGGUCUUUAUUCUUACUGCCAUGGCCUUUGAUCGCUGCAUUGCCAUCUGCAAACCUCUCCAUUACAUGCUUAUUGUGAACAGGACAAAAUGCAAUCUUAUAGCCUUGGCUGCUUGGGGUGGUGGAGCGGUGCAUUCCUUUCCUCAAUUGUCUAUGACACUCCAGUUGCCUUUUUGUGGUUCUAAUGAAAUUGAUCACUAUUUUUGUGACAUCUUUCCUUUGCUUAAAAUUGCUUGUACUGAUACUUAUAUCACUGGUGUUCUUGUGGUUGCCAAUUCAGGAACAAUAGCCUUUGUAAGUUUUGUUGUCUUAUUUGUUUCUUAUGUUAUUAUACUAUUCGCCUUAAGAAAUUACUCAACUGAGGGAAAACGAAAAGCCCUCUCUACCUGUGCAUCUCAUAUCUCUGUGGUCAUCUUAUUUUUUGGACCUUCAGUUUUUGGUUACCUUAGACCUCCUAUUUCUUACCCUGAGGAUAAAGUAUUUGCACUAUUUUAUACCAUCAUUGCUCCUAUGUUCAAUCCCUUAAUCUAUACAUUGAGAAAUACAGAGAUGAAAAAUGCCAUGAGAAAAGUUUUGUGUCAAAGAUUAUUUUCAAAGGAAUCACACAAUUAA